GCUCUUUGUUGUCCUGCGUGUGGACACAAAACAAACUACAACGGCGCCAUGCUUAUUGGACGUCCUACCUGACGUCUCUCUUCUCAUCUGAGCUGCAAAACCUUUUAAAAACUCAGAGAAUGGACGCCGUCGGCGAGGAUGAACCGGACUUGAUAAAGCUGAAGUCCAUUAAAGACAAGAAAACCUUCACAGUGCCCCAGAAUGACCGGUUUGGAAGCUGCCGAAGUGUCCGGGAGUUUGAGAAACUCAACCGAAUAGGAGAAGGAACAUACGGCAUUGUGUACCGAGCCCGUGACACCAAGUCGGAUGAGAUAGUGGCGUUGAAGAAGGUCCGCAUGGACAACGAGAAGGAUGGGAUUCCCAUCAGCAGCCUGAGAGAGAUAACACUGCUGCUGAGGUUGAGACAUCCAAACAUCGUGGAGCUGAAAGAGGUGGUGGUAGGCAGCCAUCUGGAGAGUUUGUUUCUGGUGAUGAGUUACUGUGAACAGGACUUGGCCAGUCUGCUGGAAAACAUGCAGACGCCAUUCUCCGAAGCUCAGGUGAAGUGCAUCGUCCUUCAGCUGCUCAGAGGCUUAGAGUAUCUCCAUCACAGCUUCAUUAUACACAGGGACCUGAAGGUGUCUAAUCUGCUGAUGACCGACAAAGGCUGCGUUAAGAUCGCUGAUUUUGGAUUGGCCAGGAUGUACGGGAUCCCUCAGCCGCCAAUGACCCCCAGAGUGGUCACACUGUGGUACCGAGCUCCGGAGCUCCUCCUGGGGACGAAGACUCAAACUACAGCUCUGGACAUGUGGGCAGUGGGCUGUAUCCUGGCCGAGCUGCUGGCCCACAAACCUCUGCUGCCCGGAACCUCAGAGAUCCAGCAGGUGGACCUGAUCGUGCAGCUGCUGGGGACGCCCAAUGAGAACAUCUGGCCGGGUUUCUCUCAGCUGCCGCUCAUCGGUCAGUACAGCCUGAGGAAGCAGCCGUACAACAACCUGAAGAACAAGUUCACCUGGCUGUCUGAUGCUGGACACAGACUGCUCAACCUGCUCUUCAUGUACAACCCACAGCGCAGAGCGACCGCCAAAGAUUGUCUGGAGAGCUCCUACUUCAAAGAGAAACCUCUGCCCUGCGAGCCGGAGCUGAUGCCGACGUUCCCGCACCAUCGAAACAAGCGAGCGGUUGUUCAGGCGGAGAGCCAGCCGAAGAGGAGGAAGAGCAGCAAAGUCUGAGGAUUACUGCCCCCGGGUGGGGAGCUGCGGUGCCACACUGGAGGCGAAGUUCAGGGGGAGAAAAUAAGUUUUAAAGCCAACUUUGUUAAAGUGAUCAAAACAAAAAGAGCCGAAGCGGGCUAAAUUAUCAAGUGUACAACAUAACAAGAUAGCUCUGUUUUAUUUUGUUGUGCUUUCUUCUUCAGUUUUACCUGCUUCUUAAACACAAACAGGUACAUUUCGUGACAUUUUUCAGUGUUCAGAUCCAAUAUUUUUAAAUUCUAAAUUAAUUCACCUUAAAUUAGAACCUGGUAAAGUGUUUCAUGGUAAUGAAAGAAAAUAUUUAAAAACGUCUGAAACUCGUCUUUUUAUUGUUGGUUUUGUUGUCUGUAUAAAGGCCUUUGUUUUUCUUCGUUGGUGCAUUCUGCCUCUAUAAUGAACAGUAGUGCUUUGAUAGGCACAAUGUAAAUUUAUGAUAAAAGUUUUACAGGUUGAAAAACCGAGGUGUAAUGACUGCACUAAUACUAACCUGCUGGGUUGUGUGAACAAUCUCUGCUUCUUUAAAUGAUUAGAUCUCUGUUUUAUGUAAACAUGCCUGUAACAUAUCUUUUAUAAAUACUAUGUAAAUUAAAAACGUUUA